AUAUCUUCCAAUCAGGUAGUAAGAGGCAUUCACGCACUGACUGUCCAUCGUUCAAUUCUUAAUAACGUCUACGAGGAGACGUUAAUAAACGAGUCAUGGCUAAAUAAACAAAUUCAUUCAUGUGUACCGAAAUGAAUAUUUAAAGGAUUAUAGCAAAAUUUGAUCUGCAGUCUUACAUACAUGUAUAAAUAUUAGAAAAAAUUUCGGAAGGAGAAGAAGCAAUUAGAACUAAUCGACUUUAUAUUGUGUCGUUCUGCUUGAGACGACUUUGAAUAAUGGAAUUCCACAACUUGAGCGAAGAAAACAACAGUACAAAUUCUGUACGGGCACUUGUAUCUAAAAAAAAGAAAUCGCGACAGAAUGUUUGUUUUUAUGGGUUUCUGAUAUCUGCAUUAAUAGGAAUUAUGAUUGGAUUAGCCAUUGGGAUACCUUUAGCAAAGCGUGAUUCUCCUGAUCAGAAUGUACAAGAAGCUCAAAAUGUACUAAAACAGUAUCCUUUAAUUGAUGGUCACAAUGAUUUACCAUGGCAAUAUCGACAAUAUGUUAAAAACAAAGUCUACGAAGUGAACCUAAGAGAAGACACUAGAAUACAAUGGACAAACACAACAAAUAUGACUAGUUAUGAUUUUCCUAGAUUACCACCACAAACUGACAUUCCAAGAUUAAAGCAAGGCAUGGUUGGCGCUCAGUUUUGGGCAGCAUUCGGUCCAUGUUCUGCAACUGGAAAGGAUGCAAUACGUAUUGGUAUGGACCAAGUUGAUGUGAUUCAUAAAUUUGUGAAUAAGUAUGAUGACACCUUUGAACUAGUGACAACUGCACAAGGUAUACUUGAUGCAUAUCUCUCAAGGAACAGAAUUGCGAGUCUGAUUGGUUUAGAAGGUGGUCACAUGAUUAGUAAUACAUUGGGAGUUUUGCGGUCAUUUUAUUCAUUAGGGGUUAGAUAUAUGACAUUAACUCACAGCUGUGACACUUCAUGGGCAGAUAACUGGAAACAAGAUUUAAACACGACCGGUUCACGACGCGGUUUAUCGGCAUUUGGAGAGAUAGUUGUCAAAGAGAUGAACCGCCUCGGCAUGAUAAUAGACCUGGCUCAUGUAGCUAAACAGACGAUGAUUGACGCCAUUAAAAUAUCAGCUGCACCGGUUAUCUUCAGUCAUUCGUCAGCUUUUGAAAAAUGCGAGCACUACCGAAAUGUACAGAACGAUGUUCUAGAGAUGGUGAAAAACAAUACUGGUUUGGUAAUGGUAAAUUUCUACGACGGAUAUAUCAGUAAAGGAUGUCUUCCAGUAAAUGCUACAGAAUCAACCAUGCAGCACGUGAUUGAUCAUAUUAAUUACAUCAAAGACUUUAUUGGUGUAGACUAUGUCGGUAUUGGUGCAGAUUACGAUGGAGUUCCAACCUUGCCGGUUGGUUUAGAAGAUGUAUCAAAGUAUCCGGAUUUGUUUGGAAAACUCAGAGCAGAUGGAUGGUCUACCGAAGAUCUUAAGAAGUUGGCAGGAGAAAACUUUAUACGAGUGUUUAAAGAUGUUGAAAAGGUUAAAGAGAAACAAAAGACAUUUCAACCAUACGAGGACAUUUUACCAGAAGAUGAAGCUGUUCCAAACCGCAUGUGUUAUACAUCCUUUUAAAGCAAAACAUGAUAGAUAUGUAUAUAUAUAUAUAUAUAUUAUAUCUAAGUUCUCAAUAAAUUUGAGAUAUGACGCUUAUGGUAUAUUUUAUAAACUGCAAUAUAUUGAAAAAUCAAAAUGACGAUGUUUUAAAAGAUUAAAUUAAAACUUUCAAUUCUGUAUAUAUGUCAACCGAAUUUGUAUAAGUUAAUGUUAAUGAAAAGAAAUCUGAAUUUUGUAUAUAUAGAUAUAUAUCUACAAAAAAAGUUAUAUUCUAGUACAAUACUAUCUAUUAAAAACUAAGCGAGAUUCACUUAAUAAUUAUUGUCGGCUUAUUAAUAACUUAGACUACAUGUCAAUUAAUAAUAUUGUAUAUUGUUCUGUCCAUUGUAAUUAAUUUUGUCAUUCAUAUAGGAGCUGAAUUUGUCACUUGUUAUAUACUGCAGGACGUGUGUAUACAUUUGUUUACUGAAUAUUACCCUUGUUGACUGAGGUGGAACUUGUAUUAUAAUAAAUGUGUACUUUUUUUCUCUUGAAUAGUAAAAUAUAAAGAUAUUUUC